GGCGCCGGAAGACGGAACCAAUUGAAUAAGACAACAGCUGGUGUGUGUUUGAAGAAGCUAGUAACUAAACUGUCUCAGGUUGAGAAUGUUCCUGAUUGUAAAAUUGUUAAAUAAAAUGCCACUGUUUUCAUAAAUAAUGUAAAAGAUGGAGAGUAUUUAGAUGUGACAAUCAGACCGUUAUCCAUUUGAGUGGUCGUAAGAUCCACUAAGUCAGCUAGCUUGAUUAGCUAGUGCAGUAUGUGUUCAGUUGUGAAGACAAGUGCUCGCCAACUCUGAACAAAGGUUGGCUCACUACAGUACUAAACCGCUGAUGGUAAAAUAUAACUCGUUAGCACCGUAAUUGUUAAAGACUCAUAACAAGAUGGCUACUGACUGAACAACAUGACUGAACGAGGAGAUCGUUGAGCUUGUGACUGGAAGUUAUUAAAGUGUUUUGUGGGUAAGUGGUGAAUGUCGGAGCCACAUAACAACGUGGAAGAGCAGGUGGCAGAGCUAGACAGACAUACUGACUGUCAGCCGCUUGGACCUUCAACCCAGGAGUCUAAUGAAACCCCCAGACCCGAACAGUUAUGGCUCUCUCCAGCAUCUUAUCUCUCCUCUGCAGAACCAAGCCCUUCCCCUUCUGGGGAGGGAAGUGCCCUGCUGUCGCUGCCGUGGGAGAUGGUGGCUCGCAUUGCCUCCCAUCUUCCAGCUCAGUGUGUCAUCACAGUCCUACCACGGGUGUGCCAUGCUCUUGGUAAUGUGUGCAAGGACAGCACAGCAUGGCAACUCCGAGCGCGCAGACUCACAGGCCCCAGGGCCUGCUUCCCAGUGGGACCUAGGGACAACUUUGACUGGCCCACCGCUUGUGUUGAGAUGGAGCAGCUGAUUACCUGCUGGGCUGGUCAGGGGGAGUGGGCCACCAGAGAAGCUGAGAGGGACAGAGAGAGGCAGGGGGAUGGAGUGGGUGGUGAACGAGGGGCUGAGGGGCCAGAAGUGGGUGAUGUCCAAGGGGAAAAACCGAGCAAAGCCCAGGCGGGGGUAGAGGCACUGGCACAGGAAGCAGGGUUUGUCCCAGAGGAGGUGAGGCAGGUAGCACUAGAGGAUGGAGAGAGAGAGAGGCAUCAAGAUGGUGGUCCACCUGCUGGAGGGAGGCAGAAGGAGGGAGAGCAGAGGCAGGAGGCUGACAUGGUGGAAGAGAGGGAGGAGAGAGGAGUGAUGGAGGCCAUAGAGGUGGAGGAGAGGGUGGGGGUGGCAGAGAGGCAGGAGGGGGGAGCUGUGGAUCGAGAGAGAGAGCCAGCCAGGUCCCCUAGUCCUCCCCCGGCCCUGGAACAUAUCUCCCUCCCGUCAGGGCACAUUGCUGAGGUCAACUCUGUGCUGCUGGUGGGGGGGGAGGGGGCGGUGUGUGCCUCAGGAUCACGGGACAGGAAUGUAAACCUUUGGAACCUGCGGGAAGGGUCAAAGGGUGCGCUGCUGCGUACGCUGGGGGGGCAGGGCCUCUUCAGUACCCACCUGGGGUGGGUGUGGUGCCUGGCGUCCCGCGACAACCAGCUGGCGUCUGGCUCUUUCGACAGCACAGUGAGGCUGUGGGACCUGGGGUCUGGGGGCACAGAGCAGGGCCUCAUCAGGACCAAGGCCGCUGUGCUCUGCCUCUCCUUCCAGUCGGACGUGCUGCUGGCCGGCACCUACGACAAGAAGGUCAGCAUCUACGACACCCGAGUGGCGGAGCCCCUGGUGAAAAGUCUCCGUCUCCAUGGUAACGCAGUGCUGUGCUUGGCCGCCAAUGAAAACUACAUCAUUUCUGGCAGCAAAGAUCACACUGUGGCCAUAUAUGACCGUAGGGCAGGAAAACCACUCCAGAAGCUCCAGCUGAGCUCCUACUUGCUGUCCAUGUGCUACAGCGGCGGCGAGGUGUGGGCUGGAGACAACAGGGGCAUGCUCCACUCCUUCUCCGUGAGCUCUGGCGCCCUCAGGCCCGUGUCUCAGUUUGACGUGGGACACACCUCGCUGGUCACUGGCAUCCACAGGUCCCCUGGGACCCUGUACACCUGCUCCUCAGACCGCACCAUCAAGGUGCAUCUACCAUGCGCCCCUCCGAGGACACUAUGCACUCUGCGCCACCAGGCUAGUGUCAAUGGGUUGAGCGUGGAAGCCGGGGUGCUGGCUAUCGCUUCAGGGGACAUGUGUGUCGAGGUUUGGAAAGCUCGUAAAUAAGGAAGAGGGGCGGACGGCCCAAGUUGGACAAGAGAGCCUGGGCCACACUCACCACAGUCCACACUGCUGUUAUGAGAUUGAAGUCAUUCAAGACUGAAAAGGUUUUUGAAACUGACAUUAGUUUAUCAAUUAAUAUAUGGUGUUGUUGUGUCCUUCUGGGAAAUGAUGCUGUGAGCAUGUUUAAAGGAAGGAGUUUGUGGCAAAAUGUAUCACUUUUGUGUGUCCUCAUCCAAAACUCCUCAUCCACCCUUUUCAUCUAGCCUCUAUAGGCUUCCAAAGUCAUGAACUGGAGUCCAGCUUUAAGGAGAUUUUAUUGUCCUUGUGUAUAUAUAUUCUUUCCUCAUUGGGAAAUAGCAUUGGGUGAAUACAUAAGUGACAGAGGGACUGAUACUAAAAGCUUUAACAGUACAUUGUUUCAAAGGACUGAUUCCUUCCUGGCAUUCCGACUGAAGCAUUCCAUAUAGUAAGCCAAGAAGAUAGUGAUGAUUUGUCUGUGGUCAGUAAUAUAAGACAAUGUAAAAGACAUACUGCUUUAGGCUGAGUCAAGUUGUGACAUACCAAUUGUCUUUGGUAGAUCUGUAUAUGAAUGUGGUGCCUGGUGACUAAUUGUCACGGUUUCAUAGUGUAUUGUCGUUGAAUCUUUCUCUGUAGUUUGGUCUUUGUAGAUCUUGAGCAUGUCUAACCAUAUAGAAGCAACUAUAUCUUAUCAGACAUGGUGAAGUGCCUCAAUGUAGAAAGAGCAAAUCCAUUUAUUUUGUCCAACUGACAAACUUCUCCCUAGCUAUUAUUGUGCAGGCUACUGUACUGUAGCUACUGUCACAUUGUAGUAUCUUAACAAGGACGAACAUAAGUAAGGCAAUUCCAACACUUUAAUUCAGAAAUUGUGUUAUUUUAUUGUGAAUUGACUGGAUUGAAAUGGAAGUCAUCCCAACCCUGACAUUAACAAUGUUAAUUUAACAAAAUACUUUGUUACUGUGUGCAUAAACUUUGUAAUUUCUCCGAUUGAAAUAAACAAACAUUCAUUUCUU